AUGGACUACAAGUCGUGCCAGAUGCCGCUGAACCCGGUGCACAAGCCGCCCUUCACCAUCGAGGCGCCCGAUCACAAAAAGGUGCCCGGCGAGACUAUCCCCCGUCGCCAUCCCGCCGCCAAGGAUGGCCUCCUCACCACGCCCGCCGACGACGUCCACACCGUCUUCGACAUCGUCACCCGGAGCGCCCGCGUCUUCCCCAACCACGAGGCCGUCGGCUCCCGCAAGCUCGUCCAGGUCCACAAGGAGACCAAGAAGAUCAAGAAGAACGUCGGCGGCGAGGUCCAGGAGGUCGACAAGGAGUGGCAGUUCUUCGAGCUCACCCCCUACACCUUCAUAACCUACAAGGAGUACGAGAGCCUCGUCCUCCAGCUCGGCUCCGGCCUGCGCAAGCUCGGCCUCACCUCCGACGACAAGCUCCACAUCUUCGCCUCCACCAGCACCCAGUGGCUCUCCAUGUCCCACGGGUGCGCCUCCCAGUCCAUCUCCAUCGUCACCGCCUACGACACCCUCGGCGAGAGCGGCGUCGAGCACUCCCUCGUCCAGACCGGCGCGAGCGCCAUGUUCGUCGACCCCCACCUGCUCAAGACGGCCGCCGGCCCCGUCAAGAAGGCCGGCAUCAAGACCGUCAUCGUCAACGACGCCUGCAUGUUCGCCACCGGCGGCGAGAUCGAAAAGUUCAAGGAGGACCACCCCAACCUCAAGGUCGUCACCUUCGAGGAGCUGCGCAAGCUCGGUGAGGAGAACAUGGUCGACCCCUCGCCCGCGAAGCCAACCGACAUCUACUGCGUCAUGUACACCUCGGGCUCCACUGGCCUGCCCAAGGGCGCCUGCAUCACCCACGAAGCCCUCGUCGCCAGCUUGACGGGCAUCAAGGUCUGCAUCGACGAGUGCGUGAGCGACCGCGAGGUCGUCCUCGCCUACCUCCCCCUCGCCCACAUCUUCGAGAUGGUGCUGGAGAACCUUGUUCUCUUCCUCGGCGCCACCCUCGGCUACGGCAACCCGCGCACGCUGGCCGACUCGUCGGUCAAGAACUGCGCCGGCGAUAUGCGAGAGCUGCGGCCCACCGCCAUGGUCGGCGUCCCCCAGAUCUGGGAGACGGUCAAGAAGGGUGUCAUGGCCAAGCUGGCCACCUCGGGGCCCAUUGUCCGGUCCCUCUUCUGGGGUGCCUUCAGCUACAAGACCUUCAUGUCCAAGAACAAGCUGCCCAUGGCCAGCAUCUUCGACGGCAUCGUCUUCAGCAAGGUCCGCCAGCUGACCGGCGGCCGCCUCCGCUUCACCAUGAACGGCGCCAGCGGCAUUUCCGACGGCACAAAGCACUUCCUCUCCCUCGUCCUCGCCCCCAUGGUCGUCGGUUACGGCCUGACCGAGACGUGCGCCAGCGGUGCCCUGGGCUGCCCGCUCGAGUACUCGCCCACCGCCAUCGGCCCCAUCCCGGCCUCCAUCGACGUCAAGCUCGUCUCCAUCGACGAGCUCGGCUACUCGGCCGACGCUGAGGUGCCCCAGGGCGAGAUCUGGCUCCGGGGCAAGCCCAUCAUGAAGGAGUACUACGCCAACGCGGAGGAAACGGCCAAGGCGAUCACGCCCGACGGCUGGUUCCGCACCGGUGACAUCGGCGAGUUCACCGUCGACGGUCACCUGCGCGUCAUCGACCGCGUCAAGAACCUCGUCAAGAUGCAGGGCGGCGAGUACAUCGCCCUCGAGAAGCUCGAAUCCAUCUACCGCGGCGUCCAGGCCGUGGCCAACGUCAUGGUCCACGCCGAUGCCGAGCACUCCCGCCCCAUCGCCGUCAUCAUGGCCAACGAAAAGGUUCUUGGCGACUUGGCCAAGUCGCUCGGCGUUGACGAGCACAGCAUGCAUCAGGACCAGAAGGUCCGCGGCGCCGUCCUGAAGGAUCUGCAGGCUUCCGCCAAGCGCUCUGGUCUGUCGAGCAUGGAGACUGUCACCGGCGUCGUCAUCACCAACGAGGAGUGGACGCCUGACAACGGGCUCGUCACCGCCACCCAGAAGCUGAACCGCAGGGUCAUUCGCGACACGUUCAAGAAGGACAUCGAUGCCUGUCUCGAGAAUGCUUGA